ACUCUCUCAGCAUCUGAUCAGCGGUCGCUCGGUAGGUCGCUGUCGGUCGGUUGUAAAGAACGCUCGUGCCGGACUCAUCAGGAGGAGGCAGCAGCAGGUUGGAGAUGUCGUGGUGUGAAGGUUCUGGAGGCAAGAUGACUGUAGUCAAGUUGCUUCUCACCUUAUUGCUGCUACAAACACUUUCUGAAGCCUCUAAUCAGCCGCCUCGUUUCCAGAAUUACUUCUUCCAGUCGUUCCUGCUCAUCUAUGAGAACACACCAGUGGGUACAUCCAUUACCCAGCUGCAGGCGGUCGACCCGGACGGCGAGCCGUUGAUUUUCGGUGUGGUCGGGGAAGAGGCCAUGCGGUACUUCGCUGUGCAGGAGACCACUGGGGUUGUGUGGCUGAGACAGCCGCUCGACAGGGAGACCAAGUCAGAGAUGGAGGUUGAGUUCUCAGUCAGUGACAGUCAAGGGGUCGUCAAGAAUAAAGUGAGCAUUCAGAUCGGAGAUGUAAAUGACAAUGCACCAUCAUUUCUCAACCAACCGUAUGCUGUUCAAAUACCAGAGAACACUCCAGUGGGAACAUCAGUGUUCAUGGUGAAUGCGACAGACCCAGAUCAGGGUGCGGGCGGCAGUGUGCUCUUCUCCUUCCAGCCUCUCUCUCCGUUCUUCUCCAUUGACGGGGCCAGAGGAAUCGUUACUGUGGCGAGAGCGCUGGACUAUGAGAUGACAACUGCCUUUCAGCUCACUGUUAAUGCCACGGACCAGGAUAAACGCCGUCCACUCUCAAGUCUGGCAAAUUUGGCAAUUACCAUCACUGAUAUUCAAGACAUGGACCCCAUCUUCACCAACCUCCCCUACAGCACUAAUAUAAUGGAGGACGCACCACCAGGUUAUGAAGUUCGUAAGCUCAGGGCGAUCGAUCAAGACUUGGGUCGACCACGUGGAAUCGGAUAUACAAUCAUAUCAGGUAACACCAACAGUAUGUUUGCUCUCGACUACAUCAGCGGAUCCCUGACAGUGAGUGGACAGUUGGACCGGGAAAACCCCUUGUACUCUUCCGGAUUCACAAUCACAGUAAAGGCCACAGAGCUGAAUGACGAUCGCACACCCUCGUCUGCCACCGUCAUGACCACCUUCACCAUCCUGCUGAUCGAUAAAAAUGAUAAUCCGCCCAGGUUUAACAGCUCUGAAUAUCGCGUUCUGAUUCCAGAGCUGGCGCAGGUCGGCUUCGCUUUGCCUCUGUACAUUCAGGUCGAAGACAAAGACGAGGGGGUGAACAGCAUGUUUCAGGUGGUCCUGACGGGGAAUAACUCUGAGCACUUCAGCAUCUCUCCCACCUCAGUGCAGGGCAGAGCAGACCUCCGUGUGCGUGUGGCCGUCCCGCUGGACUACGAAACCAUCAGGAGCUUCAGCUUUUCUCUGUAUGCCAACGAGUCUCUGUCGGAGCAUGUGGGGUUUGCUCGAGUCUUCAUCGACCUCAUCAACGAGAACGACAACAGGCCGAUCUUCAGCCAGGCGCUUUAUAACAUCAGUUUACUCGAGAGCACCGCUGUUGGAACAUCUCUACUGCAGAUCAAGGCCACGGAUAAUGACAUUGGCACGUUUGGAGUGGUUCGUUAUUACUUCAGCGAUGAGCCAGACCAGUUCUCAUUGGAUGUUGAGACAGGUUGGGUGACUCUUCGAGACCGGUUGGAUUAUGAGCUCAUGAGACGCUUUACUCUAACAAUACUGGCCCGUGAUGGAGGAGGGGAGGAGACUACAGGACGCCUUCGCAUUAACGUGCUGGAUGUAAACGACAAUGCGCCAGUCUUCCAGAAGGAGGCGUAUAUGGGUUCUCUCUUGGAGAAUGAACAGGCUCCACAACAAAUAGUCCGAGCCCGGGCGACGGAUGAGGACUCUCCUCCCAAUAACAUCCUGACCUACUCCAUCAUCUAUGCCUCUCAGUUCAGGUCAUAUUUCAGCAUCAGUGUGGUGGAGGGCUACGCAGUCAUCACGGUGAAUCGUCCUCUGGAUUAUGAGCAGGUUCCAGGUGGACUGAUCUUUCUGACUCUGAUGGCCAGAGACGGAGGGAACCCGUCCCUCAACAGCACUGUUCCAGUCACUAUAGAGCUGUUUGAUGAGAAUGACAACCCACCCGAGUUCAGCGUCCCGUCUUACAUCGUCAACAUAGCCGAGAAUAUCGUUGCAGGAGCGACGGUGUUGUUUGUGAACGCUACAGACCUGGACGCAUCUCGGGAGUUUGGUCAGGCCUCUAUCAUCUAUUCCCUGCAGGGCAGCACACAGUUCAGACUCAACACUCGCUCAGGAGAGAUCACUACCACAGCUCUUCUGGAUCGAGAGAUGAAGUCUGAGUAUAUUCUGAUCGUAAGAGCUGUUGAUGGAGGGGUGGGACCACAGCAGAAAACCGGCAUCGCUACGGUGAACAUCACUGUUCUGGACAUAAAUGAUAACGCUCCCAUGUGGCGAGAUGAACCGUAUCAAGCAAAUGUUGUGGAGAUGAGUCCCAUCGAUACUGACGUCAUUACUGUAUUAGCGGUGGACCCUGAUUAUGGUGAUAAUGGGACGGUGGUCUACUCUAUAAGUCCAGAAAACCCCUUCUACACGAUUAACCGCAACACUGGGAAGAUCCGCACCAGUGGGGCGGUGCUGGACAGAGAGAGUCAGAACGUCCGGUCCGCACAGCUUAUGAGGACCAUCAUUGUCUCUGCUACCGACCGUGGGACGCCGCCACUGCGCUCUUCAGCCAGCGCUACGGUGUUUGUGAACCUCCUGGACCUCAACGAUAACGAUCCUGCCUUUUUAAACCUCCCCUUUGUCGCUGAAGUACCAGAGGGGCUUCCAAUUGGAUCAUCUGUUUUCAGGGUGCAGGUGCAGGACCCCGAUGAAGGUGACAAUGGUGCUGUAACCAUGGCCCUCCAAAUGGGGAUGCCGCGGCUGGACUUCAGGCUCAACACCACCACAGGAGUCCUGGUUUCCACCGCAGUGCUGGACCGUGAGCAGAUUGGCCAGUAUUAUCUGAGGAUCAUUGCAUAUGACGCAGGCCAGUUUCCACGAACAUCCACGAGUACUCUCACUAUCACAGUUUUGGACGUGAAUGAUGAGACGCCAACCUUCUUUCCCAGCAUUUAUAACGUAUCACUGAAUGAAAACGUGCCCCGUGAUUAUGUGGUGGUCAGACUGAACUGCAUGGAUAAUGACACGGGUCUUAACGCAGAGCUCAGCUAUUUUAUCACAGGAGGAAACCAGGAUGGAAAGUUUAGCGUGGGUUUCCGGACCGGAGUAGUACGAACCGUGGUUGGUCUUGACCGCGAGACUCAGGCCUCUUAUAGCCUAGUGAUUGAAGCAAUUGAUAACGGUCCAGCGGGAGGUCGGAGGACAGGAACAGCUACAGUAUUUGUGGAGGUGCUGGACGUCAAUGACAACAGGCCUAUAUUCCUCCAGAACAGCUACGAGACCAGUGUCCUGGAGAACAUACCCAGAGGAACUAGUAUAUUACAGGUUCAGGCCACAGAUGCAGAUCAGGGGGAGAAUGGAAGAGUUCUGUACCGGAUUCUUUCUGGCAACAAUGGUCAGUUUACUGUGGACAGUCUGUCUGGACUCAUCAGCAGAGGAACUGUGGCUCUGGACCGAGAGACGCGCAGCUCUCAUGUGCUUGAGGUGGAGGCCUACAACAGUGACCAGGGCAGCAUGCGCAGCUCUGUCAGGGUGAUUGUGUACGUUGAGGACGUGAAUGACGAGUUUCCAGUCUUCACUCAGACACAGUACAAUCGUCUGGGGCUCAGAGAGACUGCUGGUAUUGGUACAUCUGUGGUAGUGGUCCGAGCUACAGACCCCGACACAGGUGAUGGGGGCGCUGUAGCGUAUGCUCUGGUCUCUGGUUCUGACCGUAAAUUUGAGGUGGAUGUGAGUACGGGUCUGGUAACCACUGUGGAUUAUUUGGACUACGAGACCAAGACCAGCUAUUUAAUGAACAUCUCAGCCACAGAUCAGUCUCCACCGUUCCACCAUGUCUACUGUACCGUCUAUGUAACUUUACUCAAUGAACUGGACGAAGCUGUGGCCUUUCUAUCGGCUGGUUACGAAGUAUCUCUGAGAGAGAACAUUGCCACAGGAACAGAGGUGGUUCAGGUGAAGGCGCAGUCGGCUGAUAACCUGAACCAGCUGACGUACCGCUUCGACCCCAACACCUCACCUGCUGCUCUGGCGCUCUUUAAGAUUGACAGUGUUACGGGCCGUAUUACAGUGACGGGACUAUUGGACAGAGAGCAGGCUGAUUCAUUCACUCUCACUGUUGUGGCCGAUGAUGGAGGACCCAAGAGAGACUCAACUGUGGUGUCAAUCACCAUUCUUGAUGAGAAUGACAACAGCCCAGAGUUUGACAUCACUUCGGAUUUGUCUGUGAAUAUUCCAGAAGACACACCAAUUGGCCAGAGAGUUGCAGUCGUGUUAGCACAGGACAAAGAUGCUGGAAGAAAUGGACUGGUGAAUUUCACCUUGAUCGCGGGGAACAUGCAGGACGUGUUUAAGAUCAACACAGCCAAUAAUACAUAUGGAGUAGUUUACUUGAAUGCGCGUCUGGACCGUGAAGCCGUGGACCGUUACCUGCUUAAAGUGCGGGCAAUGGAUAACGGUUCCCCUCCAAGGUUCACUGAUGUGUCGCUCACGGUGAAUAUUCUGGAUGUGAACGAUAACCCUCCCGUGCUGCAGAGCCCUCGUGGGUACAACGUCAGCGUCAAUGAGAAUGUGGGUGGUGGUACGUCGGUCCUGCGUGUCAUAGCGACAGAUCGUGACAUCGGACCCAAUGCUAUGCUGUCGUACUACAUCACCGGUGGGAACCAGGACCUGACCUUCAGAAUGGACCGUAUGACGGGAGAGAUAGUGACCCGACCGUCACCUCCUGACAGAGAAAAACAGCAGCAGUACACACUCGCUGUGACUGUGGAAGAUGAUGGAAUGCCGCCUUUAUCAGCGUCCACCACCGUUUGGGUCCGUAUAAUUGAUGAAAACGACAACGCGCCUGAGUUUCCGGAGGAAGAGUAUGUGACGGAGCUCAGAGAGGGGCCAAACACAGUAGGAGCCAUUAUCGCAAAGGUUACAGCCAUCGACCCUGAUGAAGAUCUCAACGGAACCAUCCGUUAUGCCAUCUCCAAUGGCAACCUGGUCCAGACGUUCCAGAUCAAUAGCAUAACGGGUCAGAUUGUAGUCAUUAAGGAGCUGGAUUAUGAGAUCAGUAAUGGUCAUUAUGUGCUGACGGUCACAGCCACAGAUCAGUGUCCUAUACCUCAGCUCAGACGGACCUCCAGCACCACAGUGAGUUCAUAUCUGCUACACACACGUGUGCAGUCCUCACCACUCCUUUAUAUCACACUCACACACUGUCCUGUACCGCAGGUCCUGGUGAAUGUGGUAGAUGUGAACGAUAACGCACCCAUCUUCCCAAGACCAUUCGAAGGUCCGUUUGAUAUCACAGAGGGGCAGCCGGGUCCACGUGUGUGGACCAUUAAAGCCACGGACGCCGACUCGGGAUCCAAUGGAAAAGUGGAGUAUAGCAUCACCGCAGGAGACCUGAAAAAUGAGUUUGUAAUUUCAUCUGUUGAGGGAGAGUUAAGAGUGAGGAGAGAUGUAGAGCUGGACAGAGAAACUAUUUCCUAUUACAACAUCACCAUUACUGCCAAAGAUCUGGGAACGCCAGCGCUCAGCUCUACGGUGGUAGUGGGCAUUCAGGUGUUGGACAUUAAUGAUAACGACCCCGUCCUGCUCAACUUACCCUAUAACACCAGCGUGAGCGAGGGAGCACCGGUCCAGACCUCCAUCACUCAAGUGCGGGCACAAGACUUGGACAGCGGCCGCAACGCUCUCCUCACAUACAGCAUCACGGCCGGCAACAGUGAUGGAUCAUUCUACAUUAAUGAGACCUCAGGUGUGGUUCAGGUGAACAGGCCGCUGGACAGAGAGAGAGUGGCUGAAUACAGCCUCACCAUCACCGUCAAAGACAACCCAGACAACCCUCGCAUCGCACGCAGGGACUCAGAGUUGUUGGUGGUGACAGUGCUGGAUGUGAAUGACAACAGGCCCAUCUUCACCCAGUCCAGCUACAGGGGCGAGAUCAGUGAAAACUCACCCACAGGCACCACUGUGUUGAUUCUAAAUGGCCCAGUCCUAGCAGAGGACAAAGACAUUGGGGAGAAUGCAGUGGUGAGGUAUCGUCUUCUGGGAACCAGAGUGGACCUCUUCUCCAUAGACUCCCGCACAGGGGUGGUAUCAGUGCGUGGGGGUGCUGUGCUGGACCGGGAGGCCUUCUCUGUGCCGCGGGUGGAGCUGUUUCUGCUUGGGGAGGAUGUGGGAGGUUUAAACAGCACCGUUCUGCUCACUAUCACCAUCCUUGACUUAAACGACAACCCACCUGUCUUCAAUCCAUCCAGUUUCACUGUACGCCUGCCAGAAAACAGCCCCACAGGUGUGGUAGUAACGCAGCUCUCGGCGAGUGAUGCUGAUGCGGGCUCUAACGGUUGGCUGCAGUAUCGCUUAGACAGCGGCGCUCAGGACCGUUUCAUCGUUGAUGCUCUGUCAGGUGCCGUUGUGGUCGGCAAUGCUACGCUGGAUCGAGAGGAGCGUAGCUCGUACCGUCUAGUUGUAAUAGCAGCUGACCGAGGCACACCCUCUCUCUCGGGAACGGCGACAUUAACUGUCGUUCUAGAUGAUGUUAACGACUCCCGUCCUCGUUUCAUAAGGCCUGUGCAGACCAUCAGCGUUAACGAGUCAACACCACCAGGAGAGGUCGUAGCUACGCUCACAGCUGAGGACCCUGAUUUACGACCUCGUCUGGAGUAUUACAUCAUCUCUGUGGAAGCAAAGGAUGAUGGGAAUAAUCCAGUGGAUGGGCUGCAGCAGUCAUUUGGAAUUGACUUUUACACAGGUGCUGUUUUCGUACGAAACCCCUUGAACCGAGAGCUGGUUGCCACUUUUGAGAUCAUUGUAUCAGUCCAUGACAACGCCAGUGAUAUUAUUGACAUGUCCGUCAGUGUACCCAACGCCAAAUUGACCAUCAACGUGCUGGAUGUGAAUGACAAUGCUCCUCGUUUUCGUCCUUUCGGGGUAGCGAACUUCUCAGAGAGUAUUCUGGAGGGUGCCGUGCCUGGUACCACACUGCUGUCGGUGACGGCUGUGGAUCCCGAUAAAGGACCCAACGGUCAGAUCAUCUAUCAGCUCCUACACCUGCCCCGUGGAGACUACAUAAGACUUGAAGACCCAUCUACAGGUAAAAUUGUGGCCAAUCGGACGGUGGAUUAUGAACAAGUGCAGUGGUUAAACUUCACAGUGCGUGCUCAGGAUCACGGCACGCCUCCUCGCUUUGCUGAACUUCCUGUCUAUCUGCGGAUUGUUGAUGUCAAUGACAACAACCCAGUCUUUCGACAACCUUUAUAUCAGAAGUCUGUUUUCGAGGAUGUUGCACUCGGCACUAUUAUUGUAAGUGUGAGUGCGACAGAUGCAGACUCUGGCCUGUUUUCUGUCAUUGAAUAUGGCCUAGUGGAUGGAGAGGGCAGGUUCGGCAUCACACCCACUACGGGGGACAUCUACGUCCUGUCUGCCCUGGACAGAGAGACCAAGGACCGUUACACACUCACAGCCUAUGCUAGAGACAACCCUGGAGGCAGCCCCAACAACCGCAGGGAAAACUCUGUGCAGGUGCAGUUAACAGUGAUGGAUGUAAAUGAUUUCCGUCCACGCUUCUCAGAGCGAAUUUUCACCACUAGUGUGUUUGAGAAUGAGCUGGUUGGUACGUCAGUGAUCACAAUGAAGGCCAUUGACCUCGAUGAGGGGGAGAAUGCAUUACUUACCUAUAGCCUACAGGGCCCUGGAGCAGAUGCGUUCUCUCUGGAUCCUGACACAGGGCUGAUUCGCUCCCUGCGGUUACUGCAGAGUUUCGAGAGGUUUAAUCUGACAGUGGUGGCGACCGAUCAUGGCAGAACGCCUCUCUGGGGAACCGCCAGUCUUCAGAUCACCGUCAUAGAUGUCAAUAAUAACAGGCCGGUCUUUGUGCGGCCCGCCAAUGGCACUAUCAUGCACAUACUAGAGGAACAGCCUCCCGGGCUGGUGGUGUAUGAAGUGUUUGCUACAGACGAGGAUGAGGGGGUGAACGGAGAAGUCCGGUACAGCUUUCUGCAGACUGGAGCAGGAAAUAGAGACUGGGAGAACUUCCAUAUUGAUGCAGUGAACGGAGUGAUCACAACUGCAGUUAAACUGGACAGAGAGAAACAAGCCCUGUAUAGUCUGGUUGUGGUGGCCUAUGACCUCGGGCAGCCCGUCCCAUAUGAGACCAUGCAGCCGCUGCAGGUGGCUCUGUCUGACAUCGACGACAAUGAACCUGUUUUUCUUAAACCUCCGAGAGGAAGUUUGCCGUAUCAGUCUCUGUCGGUACCCGAGCACUCGUCUCCUGGGACUGUUGUGGGGAAUGUGACUGGUGCAGUGGAUGCAGACGAAGGCUCUAAUGCUAUCGUCUACUAUUUCAUUGCAGGAGGCGAUUCUGAGGGAAACUUUGGUAUGAGUGUUGCUGGAGUUCUACGGGUCAAAAAAGACCUGGAUCGGGAAGAAAUCCCAGUGUAUUCCAUCAUCGUUAAAGCUUCCAGUAACCGAAGCUGGUCUCCUCCGAGAAGUCAAAGGUCACAGCGGGCCCAAGUGCUUGACCCAAGCCGUGACCCUACAUUACAGGAAGUAAGAAUCUUCCUUGAGGACAUCAACGACCAGUCUCCAAGAUUCACAAAGAUGGAGUACACUGCAGGUGUGGCUGCAGAUGCUAAAGUGGGCUCAGAUCUGAUCCGGGUUCAAGCGAUUGAUAAUGACAUUGGCAACAACAGUCUUGUUCUUUAUCACAUUCUGUCUAUCCACUACAUCAAACUACAUUCCAAUGACUCUGAAGAAAUGGACAACGUCUUCAUCAUCGGUACUGAUGGAAUCAUCCGGACGUUUGACCUGUUUAUGGCUUAUGAUCCGGGUUAUUUUAUGGUGGAGGUUUUGGCGAGAGAUCUGGCAGGACACAGUGAUGUGACUCUGGUGGGCAUUUACAUUCUCAGAGACGACCAACGGGUGAAAAUCGUCAUAAAUGAGAUUCCAGAGCGUGUGCGACUGUUUCAAGAGGAGUUUAUAAACCUGCUCUCAAACAUCACAGGAGCCAUAGUCAACACUGACGACGUACAGUUUCAUGUGGAUAAAAAGGGCAGAGUGAACUUCGCUCAAACCGAUGUUCUGAUUCAUGUGGUCAACAAGCAGACCAACCGUAUUCUAGAUGUGGAGAGGGUGAUUCAGAUGAUCGAUGAGAACAAGGAGCAGUUGAGGAAUCUGUUUAGAAACUACAACGUUCUGGAUGUUCAGCCAGCUGUGACUGCUCGUGCACCUGACGACCUCACCACCUUACAGAUGGCCAUUAUCAUCUUGGCAGUUUUACUCUUCCUUGCAGCAAUGUUGUUUAUCCUGAUGAACUGGUAUUACCGCACAGUGCACAAAAGGAAGCUGAAGGCGAUUGUUGCUGGCUCCACAGGAAAUCAGGGGUUGAUGGAUAUUCUGGAUAUGCCCAACACAAACAAGUACACGUUUGAAGGAGCAAAUCCAGUGUGGCUAGAUCCUUUCUGCAGGAAUCUGGAGUUAGCGGCACAGGCGGAGCAUGAGGAUGACCUUCCUGAAGACUUAAGUGACAUUGCUGACCUCUGGAACAGCCCGGCUCGCACACAUGGUACAUUUGGACGUGAGCCUCAGGCCUCUAAACCAGAGGAUGACCGAUAUCUACGAGCUGCUAUUCAGGAGUAUGACAACAUCGCCAAACUAGGACAAAUCAUGAGAGAGGGGCCUAUCAAGCUGAUCCAAAGUGACCUGGAUGAAGAUGAUGACGAGCGCGUUGGUGUCGGAGGUCGAGGAACCCUUCGCUUCAAGCACAAACUCCCAAUCGAGCUCAGGGGUCCUGAUGGGGUGCAUGCAGUUCACGGCAGCACAGGCACGCUGUUGACCUCUGACCUCAACAGCCUGCCUGAAGAUGAUCAGCGGGCUCUGGCACGCUCCCUUGAAGCCUUGCACGCAGAUGGUGGACUGUAUGCUGAAAGCAAUGCCCGAACAGAAUCUGCAAAAUCCACACCUUUGCACAGAAACAAGGGCACCGACACUCUGUCUGGGAGUCCGUUAGAGAUCACAGAAUUAUGACUAGCCGAGGCCUCGCUGGUCUGAGAAAAUGUACAAUGUGCAUGGCAUGCCUGGCUUCUUGUUUUUAAUGGAAACUCUUUCCUGCGAUGUGGAGAAGAGUUCAGGUUUGUAAGGGCCAGGUGUGAGGAGGGUGUGUAGAUGUGUAGUAUGUGUGUGGACCUGGAACACCCAAAACAAGGGCAGCUCAUCUUGUCAGAGAUACUUCAAGAGUAAUGAGACUUUAACCGCACACACUCACUCAAACUACACAAGGGGAUGAAUGCACUCUCAGACCAGUGGAAGGCCGAAUACAGACACUAGUUUUUAUUUAGAUACUUUUUCAUAUUUUAGUGGGACACCACUGCUUAUGAGAGUAUAUCUCUGGGGCUUUUCACACCGCGAUUAACCCUGGGUUAAACAUUAUUUCACAUUUGGAAAUAGUGUAUAGUGUUUAAAUUCACA